AUGGCUGCCUAUGCUCUAACUAGCUGGAUAACGAUGAACCCCAAUAACAUGAAGAAUGAGAGCACCCCUAGGACUGGGAGGCCUGUGUUACCAGUGCCGGACCGCUCCUGCUCCUGCCAGCUCCUGGUGGGAAGCGGAGGGCCGUAUAGCCCUGGUAGUACCAGCCCUGGCCCCUCUGGUACCUCCUUCAUUUUCCACCCUGUUAGUAGCCCCAGUAGUACUCGGGCACGGUCGCCGUGCCGACGGCCAGAGUCGCUGGGGGUUAACGUGGGCAGUCGUGUACGCAGACUGAGCAGCUCAGGUCAGGGUGGCCCUGAGGAUGAGAACCUAGAGGAUGAUGGGAGACGGGAGGCACAGCAGAUGCAGCUCCACCGGGAGCUCCAGAAUGUGGAGGUAACUAAAAAAGUGGGCCUGUUCGAGGCUCAUAUCUCAGACAUGCGUGCUAAGGCGCAGAGCACAGAGAUCCAGCGCAGCCCGAGGGUGCAAAGGAGAUCUGACCACUGCUCGAGCUCCAGCCCAACCAAAGCCUAUUUCUUCAGAGGGAGAACCUCUUUUUCUCCCCAGAGGGACAAUGCCUCGAGGAAGGAGCUCUCCUCAGGCAUCCCUGAGGAGUUCCAGAAUGGGAAGGGUUGCAGCAGCUCAGAGGGGAGCCUAUGUUACGCAGCAGAGGAGAACAACGCAGGUGGCCCAAAUACGGAGGAGGGCGGCCCACAGGAGAACAAAUCAGCAGAAGUUUCGAGAGGAACCGACAGUCAAGCCCACAGUCACUCCAGGAGUUUACUGGGGGUUGGCAGCUGCUUGGCCAGCAGUGAGAGCUCAACAACUUGGACUGAGACGUGUCUGACAAAGGCGGGAGUGGUACCAACACAAACCCAGCUAGGGUCAGCGGCCGAGGGAGGCACCUCUGAGGUGGGCGCCAUCCCUGCUGUCAUAGUAACAGAUCACGGCAUGGAGGCGUGCGGGGAGGCCAGUGAGUCUCAGGCCAGCCCAUGCCCCUCCAGAGCUCUGAGGAAGCUCUCCUCGUCUUCAGCCUCCUCCACUGGCUUCUCCUCCUCCUGGGAGGAAUCAGAAGACGACAUUUCCAGUGACCCUGAGCGUGGAGAAGGACUGUCACCAGCGCUCUUGCAGACACAGCAGAAAGCGCAUAAACAAUGGAAGAAGAUCAAGAAUAUGGUGCACUGGUCACCAUUUGUGAUGUCCUUCAAGAAGAAGUAUCCUUGGAUCCAGCUGGCUGGCCAUGCAGGCAGUUUCAAGGCUGGUGCCAAUGGCCGCAUACUGAAGAAACACUGCGACUGUGAACAGAGGUGCCUUGACUGGCUGAUGAAGGACGAGCUAAAGCCCUACGUCCCCGCUUACCACGGCGACGUGGAGAAAGAUGGGGUCAAGUACAACCAGAUGGACGACCUGCUGGCAGAGUUUGACCUGCCUUGUGUUAUGGACUGCAAAAUGGGGGUCAGGACGUAUCUGGAGGAGGAGUUGACCAAAGCGAGGAAGAAACCCACACCCAGGCCGGAUAUGUACCAGAAGAUGAUAGAAGUGGAUCCAGACGCCCCGACCCCAGAGGAGCAUGAAAAGAAAGCUGUCACGAAGCCCCGCUACAUGCAGUGGAGGGAAACGAUCAGCUCCACUGCCACGCUCGGUUUCCGCAUUGAAGGGAUCAAGAAGGAAGAUGGAACAGUCAACAGAGACUUUAAAAAGACCAAGAGCCGGGAGCAAGUGACAGAGGCGUUCUACGACUUUGUCAAAGGAAAUGAAAACAUCCUGAAAAGCUAUCUCAACAGACUGAAAGAGAUAAGGGCCACUCUGGAACGGUCCAGAUUUUUCAAGACACAUGAGGUGAUAGGCAGCUCCUUGCUCUUUGUCCAUGACAAGCGCGAGCAGGCUAAAGUGUGGAUGAUAGACUUUGGGAAGACCACGCCGUUGCCCGAGGGACAGGAGCUGAGCCACAAGGCGACGUGGGUGGAGGGGAACAGAGAGGACGGCUAUCUCUGGGGCCUAGACAACCUCAUAGACAUCCUCAGCAACAUGGUGCCCCCUGAGUACCGCUAGAAGGGCAGGACUUCCUGUAUAUCACCCACCCCCACAAUCAGGGUGGACCAUCCGCACUACAGUACAAGACCUUCUGGGUUGC